AUGGCUGUCCUGUUUCACACAUGCACCUAUGUUCUACUAUUGAUUAGAAUGGAUUUUUGUUACAAAAACCUAGCGAUGAAGCCUGAGAGUUAUGUGGAGUUGAGUACAAUGCUUGGUCACAACUAUCCAGCCAGAGCAAAUGAUGGUGAUCUUCGACAGAACAUCCUUUAUUGUUCACACACUGAUAACGGUCAAUCAAAAGCUUGGUUGCGGGUUAAUCUCGGGGAGAGGUACCAAAUCCAGGAAGUGAAAAUAUUUUAUAGAAAUAGCGAAAUAAAAACAGAUCGCUUCAAUAAUUUUUACAUUGAUGUUUCUAACAACACCUUUGAAAGAUAUAGAUGCUACACGGAUAAUAAACCUGGCACACCGGCAGAGAUUGAAACAAUAUCGUGCCGACAUAUCGCCCAGUAUGUAACCGUGGAAACUACUUAUUUCUCACAUGGUGGUGUUUACUUAGAGAUAGCAGAAAUUCAAGUUUUCGGAUGCUCCAUUCAGGUGAACAAUUAUCAAUGUCCUAAUGAGUGCGAAUCUGGAAAGUUUGGCCAGAAAUGUUCUGAUUCUUGUGGUGGAAAUUGUGUCAACAUCACUUGUAGUCGUAAUGGAGAGUGUGAUGGUGGCUGUAAAAAUGGAUGGACAGGGUCUCAAUGUGAUAGUCCAUGUCCUGAGGGAUUUUAUGGUGGAAAAUGUCUAGAACAAUGCAACCAUAAUUGUGCAGCAGGCUGUAACCAUAUUCAUGGCGAUUGUAUUCAAGGCUGUUCAGCUGUUGGAUUACAACCAAAAAGAUGUGAUAGCCGCUGUUUACCAAGAUACUAUGGAUUAAAUUGUGUAUCGCUGUGCAGCAGUGGCUGUGCUGAAUCUGGGCUCUGUCAUCCAGAAAACGGGACCUGUGUGGCGGGAUGCAACCCUGGAUAUUCAGGAAAUCUGUGUUUAUCUGGUGUAACCUUGGAACAACAAAACCCGAUACCCUUUUCCGUUAUAAUAGAAGACCCGGAAGAAGAGCCAAUAAGAGAGGACCCUGCAGAAGCUGUCUACUACAACAAUUUAUCUGCAGCCAAAGAUAUAGACGUUAAAGAUUUGUUGUUGGUCAUUGAAGACAAAGAACAAAAAGAGAAUGCUGGUUUUACCAAGGAAUUUAAGGAACUACCAUAUGGGGAGAGGUUUGACUGUAACACAGCGAAAUUGGAAGAAAAUAUUCCAAAAAACAGAUUUAAAACAACUUUUCCAUAUAAUCACUCGCGAGUUGUGCUACAGAUUGAUGACGAAUUCAGUUCCGAUUACAUAAAUGCAAAUUAUAUAGAGAAUAUGGAAGGUACAAGGGCAUAUAUUGCGUCUCAAGGACCGAAAGAAAACACUUUGGUUGACCAUUGGAGGAUGAUUUGGCAAGAAAAAGUGAAUUACAUCGUAAUGUUAACAAGCCUUAUAGAGGGUCGCAAGGUUAAGUGUCACCAAUACUGGCCAGAUGAAAAUGACAAAUUAGAGAUUGGACCAUUUACAAUACAUUUGACAGAAGAAAAACAAUACACCAAUUUUAUCAAAAGAACAAUGACAUUAAAAAAAAGAGAGGUAACAAAGCCACGGACAGUUGUUCAGUUUCAUUAUACAAGAUGGCCUGACCAUGGGACUCCCAAUCCUUUGAACCUCACUAAUUUCCAUGAACAUUUUAAACAUAAUUCAUUCAUCUCAAAUAGCCCUGUCCUUGUGCAUUGCAGUGCGGGAAUCGGUCGAACGGGUACCUUAAUUGCUCUCGAUGCAUUGGAAAAGUACGGAAGAAAGACGGGAAAGUUUAAUGUCAUAGAAUUUGUCAGGGCGAUGAGGAAAAACAGAAUGUCCAUGAUUCAAAACAUCGAUCAGUAUAUUUUUCUGUAUCAUGCACUCUACGAGACAUUCAGAAGGAAAAGUGUGUUUAUUAAGCGACAUGAUUUCACAAGGAUAUUUUCGCAGACUGAUAAACGAGAGACAAGAAAACAAAUAACUGAUGAAUUCAACGAUUUAACUAAGCUGAAACCAAAAUAUGACGCAAGUGACUAUAGAAGUGGGAAGAAAUAUUUGAAUAUGAACGCUGUAAAAACGGUUUUGCCCGUCGAACGCUAUCUCGUUUAUUUGUCUUCAUCAUUGAGAGGGAGGGAACCCUACUACAAUGCAGUUACAUUGUCGUCAUUUACUAGUGCAGAGGAGUUUAUUUCUGCGCAACAUCCGGUGCCUGGAGCUGGAGUUGACCUUCUUCUUCUCUUGACUGAACAAGCAUGUCCGUUUUUAAUUUCCUUGAAUCCUAUUGAGGAUAUCAAUGAGGUCAAUCACUGGUUCAAUGACAAGGAAAAACAUAUAACCAUUGGACCAUUCGGAAUUACAAAAGUUGAUCAAAAAAGAUUUACAGAAGAAGUGCGAAAAACCAUAAUAAAAGUUCAAAGAAAGCAGGAAAAAGGAAGUCACACUAUCCAAAUUUUUGAGUGUCUUGAUUGGAAUACGGCAGAUUUCAUACCAGAGAAAUGUUCAACUCUCAUAGAAUUAAUCAAACAGUUUUGCUUAGACAGGAGGUCGAAUCCAGAGGGUCAAAUUACCAUUUUAUCACGGGAUGGAGCGACCUGCUGUGGAGUAUUUUGUGCUGUAUAUAACGCCAUAGAACAGCUACAACAGGAUGAUGAGGUGGACAUAUUUACUAUAGUUCAGCAGCUACAGUGUAGGAGACCGGAGAUGAUUUCUAACAAAGAAGAAUACGAGUUUUGUUACAAAGCUGUUUGUGCAUACUUGGAAACAGAAAACAUCUAUGCCAACACCUCUAGUUAA